UCUUUGUAUUUAGGGUUUUAAUCUGGUCCUGUUUCCGCAAAAGAUCUCAGAAAAGAUCUCCUAAGUUCCACUACUAAAGCUACCAUGCCAAGGCGAUCUUCAAGCAUCAGGAAUUACAGACAGAGUUGACAACAACGAGCGAAUUACUCUGGAAGACCUCUGCAACACCUGCUGGCUGCGAUAACAUUCUUAUUUCAUGACCGUCAACACCUGUGCAGCAAGCACUGAUAGCAGAAUCUUACUUUUGGGCGAGGACGAUAACCUUUGAGAGGCAAAACAGAUCAAGUUUACAAACAUACCUGGCAACUUUCAGUUUAUUGUGGCAUCAGUUUACUGGCUUCAUUUACGGAAGACUUCGAUAAAGAAAUGACUGAACACACGGAUUCAACUGAGCACGAUGCUUUAGCUUCGGUAAAUGCAGAUUUUGUGAACAGUUUAUUGAAUGUAAAGCGGGAGAGAGAUAAAGCGAUAUCCAAUGAGGUGAGAUCGCAGGUGCAAAACGAGUGCAAAGCUUUUGGCGGCGAGGAGUUGGCGAAACAGAAAUGGGACGAUGCAGCAAAAAUGAUCGCUUUUCAGAGAGCGAAGGAGAAAGAAGGAACAGAGAACAGUGAAAGUAAAAGGAACAAGUUACAACAGGAACAGAAGAGAUUGAAGGACGAUUGGAUGCGAGAAGAAACAGAAAAGAAACGGCAGCUGGAAGAACUUCGCCAGGUUGAGAAAAACAAGGCGAAAGAAGAAGCAGAUAAACUGAUUUCUCUGGAAAUGCAAAAACGGAUAGAGACCGAAAUGGCUAAGCAACAAGAAACAAAAGAUGUUUUUGCUAAAGAACAAGAACGUAGAUUACAGGAGGAAGCGAAGCAGGCAGCUGAAGAGCAGAAACGGCUGGAAAAGCAAAAAGAGGUGGAGAGGGAAAAAUUGAAACAUUUGGAACAGGAAAUGGAACGCGCGGAACACGAGCAGAAGCGUAAACUGGAAGAGCAGAAGAAACAGGAAGAAGAUUGGGUUCAGUUUGCACAAGAGAUGAAACAGAAACAAGAGGAAAAAACCAGAGAAGAAGCUGAGAAACAGCGACAAUGGCAGAGGGAUAAACAUAAAGAAAAUGAAGAGAUUAGUCAGUUUGUGGAAAGACGGAAAGCUUUGGAAUCACAGAGAAGGAAAAUGUUUGAUGAGGAAAGGGGCAAGACGUCCGAGGAGGCCCGCUUGUUGGAGUCGGGUGUACGACAACAGUUUUUGGCGAAGCAGGAAAAGGUCAUCACGGAAUUGUUACAAAAUGAUCUGGUGAAGGAUGAGGUCAGAAAGCGAGAGGAAGCGGAGAUAAAGAGAAAAGAGUGCGAAGAGAGAAGGCAAGAAGAUGAUAGGAGAAAGCUAGAGCUUGAAAAGCAGCUAAUGGCUGUGGAGAAGGAAAAGAGGGAAAAAGAGCAAAGGACGAAAGAGGAGGAAUGGAAAAAAUAUCUUGAUCAAUUGAAACAGAAAGAAGAUGAAAAAGUUCAGAGGGAUACUGAACAACAAAAGCGUAUGGCAGAACAGAGAAAAGAGGACGAGCAGAAAGCUGCUGAGAUGGCCGAAACACAACGACGUGCCAGGGAACAACGUCGUAAAGAAGAGCACGAAGCUAUGAAGACUGCGGAAAGACGACGGCUUGAACAAGAGCAGAAACGCAAAGAACUCGAACAAGAACGCGAAGAAUCAAAGAAAAGAGUGUUACUUCAAGAUCAGGAGAAAAGAGAACAAGAAAGAGCCAAGCAAGAACUAGCGAUGCGUAAACAAGAGCAGGAGGAACGGUUGAGAGAAGCUAACAAAGAAAAGCAAGAACAAGAAGCACGAAAGCUUUUAGAAGUUCAGCGAAAGAGGCUUGAACAAAGCGAGACACAAGCUGCUGUGAACGAGGCGGAGCUUCUUGAGCAGAAGAGCAGGAAGGAUGAAAGGUCCAAAGAGGCAAUUGACAGCGGGAAGAUGCUGUUGGAGGAGACUCGCAGGUUAGAAGAGAAGUUUCGGGAAGAGGCGGAGAGGAAGAAACGAGAACACGUGGAAAUGCAGAAGAAGGAGUUACUGGCCAUGAAAGAGGCUGAAAAUGAGCUGAUGAGACGAGCGCAAGCUCUGAAAAAGCAAAGUUCGUUCCACAAUGAUCAGAAAGCUUCUUCUUCAGCUGGUACAGACAACGGAGGAGAUAGAUCACGAGGAGAACGUAAGAAAGGAUUUUUUGCGUCACUUUUUGGGCGUAAAUAAUAGUUAAUCGUUUUGCGUGACAAGAUCGUGGGUCAAAUCACGACAGACAAGUUCCAAAUUUGAAUGCGCUAAACCUUUUAUACCUUAUUAUCAGUACCGAUAUUCUCCAUAAUCCUCUUCAUACAUUUUCUUUGGUACUGACAAGGAGAAUUUGUUUAUCAAUCAAAGCUUGGCUUAGGUUGGUGUUCAUUUCCUUCAUUU